AUGCCUACGAAUAAAAAGAAACAGAAUACCAAAAAUAAGUAAGAAAAUAAUACAGAUUAAACUAAAUAACAAGAAUAAAUUGAAUCUGUUCCAGAUAUAGAUAAUAAAAUAGAAGAACAAGAAAUUAAAGAUGAAUAAAGUAAUGGAUUUUUUAUUAUAUAAUUAGAUAAUUAGUAAGAAUUAGAUAAUUAGGAGACUAUAUAAUAAAAUUAGCAGACAACAAAUGAUUAAAUAACAUAGGAAUAACCCUAAAAUAAUUUUAAACAUGAAUAAAACAAUCAAUUAGAAGAAAUUCAAAAUACCCAUUAAGAAUAAGAGAACGAUUAAUUAGAAUAGUUUAAUGAUGCUUAACAAUAAAAAUAAUAAGAUUAAAUAACUGAUUCAUAAGAAUAAAUCAAAAAUACACAAAAUGAAGUUUAAUAACCUUCUUAACAGAAAGAUUAAGAUGACUCAUAACAUAAGAGAUCUUCAAUAUAAAAUGAAUAAAGAUCAGUAGAGACCUAACAUUUAAAAGAAAAAAUAGAACAUGUUACUGAUGAAUCAUCCAAUUUGUAAUUAGACAAAAAUUAAAAUCAGGUAGAUCAACAAGCAAAUAACACUUAGGGAUAGAAUUAGUAUGAAGAAACUAAUUAAUUUAAAGAACCAAAAUUACAAAGUCAACCUUCACCUGAUUCUCCAAAUGAUGAAAUUAUGAAACCUUCUUCAAAACCUAAUGUCUCACUUUCUAUACAUGAAAAUGAAGUUGAACAUUCUGUAGAUACUCCAACUUAAAAACCUAUGAAUGAGAUAGCCAUUGUUUAGAUUUAAUAACAUGAAGUUAUUUUAAAUGCUUAGGUUCCUAUAAUUAUUGAAAAGAGAAAUGAUUAAGUUAUGAUAGAAGGUGCUCCAUAAACCUAGUUGAGGAAAUAAAAUGAUGAAGUCGUUUUAGAGAGAGUCUAAGUCUAAGAAUAAAAAAUGGAAAAAUAAAUUGAAUAAACAAAUAUAGAAGUUUAACCAAAAAUACAUAUAGAAUAAAAUUAAUAAAUAGAAUUAGAGAAAUAACCAUAAAUGUAGUAAUAAGUAAUUAUAGAGAAGACAGAAACAUAAAGUUAAGUUUAAUUAGAAAUAUAAAAAAAUAGAAGUGAAAUUUUUACAGAAGAAAAGACUUAAAUGUAAACAGAAAAUUCAAAUGAAAGUAUUUACUUAUAAUAAAUACCAAUUGUUUAAUUAGAACAUCACUAGAAUGUUUCUAUUGAACAACAACCUGAUAUUUAUUUGGAAUCAAGAAAUAUAGAUACUUAAAUUGAGAUAUGUCCUUAAAUUUAAAUUCCACUUAAUGCAUAAACAACAUCUCUUCAAGAACAUCCAAUUAUUAAUUUAGAGAUUAAUCAUAAUAUCCAUCAAUUACAUCCAAGUCCUGAUGUCUAAUCAAUACAAACUUAAUAAUUUAAUUAAAUAGAACAUUAACCACAUGUAUCUGUUGAAUAAUAAGGAUAAGCUUAAUAUUCUGUCUAAGCACCUAAAACAGAAGUCUAGAUUAAUUAGAUUUAAAGUAGUUCUGAACCAUAAUAAUAAUUAAAGGUGGAAUCUAAUCAAAUAUAAACAUAAUUAAUUUAAGAAGAGGAGAAAGUCAAUGUGAAAUAUGAAGAUCAAACUCAUAUAGAGAAUCAACCAUCUCAUGAAAUAACUAAUGUAGAGAAAAGAGAAAUCAUUGAAUAGAAACCACUCUUGCACACUGAAUAAAAUUCAAAUCCUGUUGAAGUAAGUCAUAAUGAUACUGUUAGAAUUGAAGGAUAUUAUGUUGAUUAAAAAAAUAAUCAAUAAUAAUAAAAAAAGUAAGUUCCUUUAUUUGCUGACUCUCCAACAUAAUAAAUUAGAGAUUCAGAACCUUUAUAACCUCAAAAUGAUGCAGAACGAUAAUUCUUAAAUAGGUCUUAGUCUGAAAUUCAUUCAUCUUAAUCAAAAAUACUUCAAUAAGUACCAUAAGAAGUUGGAGCAUUAGGGUUAUCUGUUGCUGCUGCUGCUGGUGCUUCAUAAUUUAUUAUGAAAAAUGGAGUUAAAUCUAAGGAAGGCUUAUUUGCAGCUUUGGCUGGUUCAGCUAUAUUGUAUGCUGGUUAUAGAUUAUUUAAGUCUAAGAGUUAACAAAAUUAACAAAGAGAUUGA